UGAAAUGUCUCAGUUGGAAGUUUCAACCCCCAUUUCUCUGUUCAGGAGCAGAUGUUUUCGGUUUCUGGCCUAAUGGAACGCGCCAAACACAGUCGGUCAUUGUACGGGUGUCUUAUGUCCAAGUAAAUGGUGGUGUUUUUUUUUAUAAGGAGAGAGAGAGUGGGGGACUUAGAGCACGAUCCACUCGACUGCGCGCCGGCGCAGGAAGUGGAGGAAGUUGAGGAGCUGCCGACUGGAACCAGACUCUAGAUCAGUCGAGUCGCAGUUGUCGAAGUAAACGGAUCGUGGAAAAAUAAAAGUGCUAGGAACUAGAAACCCAGAAGAGAACCCAAAAACAGAACACCCCUUAAAGGUUGUACAGUGCUAUCAUUAUGUCGCAGCAUAAUUAUACCAACCCGGCCUUCUGCCAAAACAGCGAGUUCUAUCCAGUGUCUAGUGGUAAUGGCUCAUCGCGCAAUGCAGUGGAGUCCAUCUAUAAUAGGAGUCUCCAGAUGAACUUUGGAGCAGCUGCGCCGCGUACUCCAUCUCGAGAUCCCCGCGAGGGUCCACUGCGAAUGCAGCGUAGCAUGUCCACGCGAUCGGUGACGCGGAAACAACACCAGCAGCAGCAAUAUCAGCAGCAGCAACACCAGCAGCAGCAACACCAGCAGCAGCAACACCAGCAGCAGCAACAUCAGCAGCAGCAACAUCAGGCUAAACAGCCAUCUUCCAGUGGUCGCUAUGCCUUGGUUCCCCUAGAGGAACUAAACAGCAGCAGGGCCAGUAGAUAUGCCAUAGUCCCAGGACAGGCAGCCCAGAGAUUGGCCAGAUCGCAGGAUAACCUGGACCGCUAUAGCUCCAGGAAUGGAUUGCACGAGGAGGAGGAGCCGCACUCCUUCCACGAGGAACCGCAUCAGGAAACGCAGUUUGCCAGUCUGCCACCCAGCAUAAAUUAUCCAACAAAGCAGAGGAAUCUAAAUAACAAUCCCCAAAAUCAAACCCAGAUAAAGCAUGCUUUUAGCAGCGACUUUGGCAGCAAGACCUUCUUGAUAGUGGACAAGAACAGCAAUCAGCGGUACCAGAUGGUCCCCACUGCCGAGGAUGAGGAGUUGGUGGAUGAGAACCAGGAGAUCAUACAGAUGCACAAUGGCCGGGCACAUCGUUAUGCAGUGGUGCCCACAAAUGGGGAUGAUGAUGAGGAGGAUGAGGAUCUGCAGCAGGAUCAGCAGGAAACCUGCCUUAGUAACAUGGAACUGAGUCAGCAGCAGUAUGCGGCAAGGACCUCGACUCCGCAGCAAAGAAAUGCGGCGGCUGCCACGAGGGCGCUUCAUGAACUGCUGACCACGCCCAGGAAAAUGCAACCGCCCCCGAGAUUGGCCCACUCAACGCCCCGAAAUGCCGCCCAUCAGGAGCAGCUGCAGAUGGAGCGACGGCUGGAGAUCUACAAGAGCCAGCAGAUCUACCAAAGUCACCAGCAGGCGGUGGGAUUGGGUGUUCCACCUAGUUUACCCCUGAGGCAAACUCGACUCUCCCCACAGAGACUUCACUAUGAGACGGUGAAGCCGCUGCCCAUGCAGAUGGCAGACCGCUCCAUGGCGGUGAUCAGUCCCAGGGUCCAGGAGCAGGAGCAGGAGAGGGAGCAGGACAUGAGCAGCAUCCAGGGAAAGGGAAAGAACAACAACUCGUAUCCCCAGAAAAUGGCCAAUGCCACCAUCACUCUGGCCGUCGUCUCCCUGAUGCUCGUCUUGGGCAGCACCAUGAAUGCGGGACUCAUCAUCUACAUGAUUGCCCACCUUGGCAAAUCCUUUUACCUGCAGUUUGGCCUGGUUGCCUCCUUUUCCGGAAUGGGAUUGGGCUUCCUGGGAUUCAAGUCGCGUCACUGUGAGUGGCUGCCUAACAGGAGUUAUAGUUCCGGAUACAUCCUGGUCACCAUAUUCUGCCUCUUCAAGUCCUGUGGAUUGCUGGUGAUUCUGGUGGUGGAUCCUUUUCCCGGGUUCCCUGUACACGAUGUGACGACUGGCGUUAUCCUGGGACUGUCCACCUUCACCAUGUUCUUCAUCGCAUUGGGAGUUCUGGGAAGUCUGUGGUGCCACCGACCUCCGCCGGAUAACCGCGUCAAUGUGGUGUAAUCCUUAACCCCUAUCAAGGGGAAUUAGUUAAUAACCCUAGCUUAGUUUCUAACAUAGUUGUACACCAUCCACUUCGACUGCAAGAACUUGACACACCGAACGGCUAAAAGACCAAAAACAAAGUAUUAGAUUUAUAACCAGAGGAAGAUCAUCAUCCCCCGAAAACGACUGUAUAUAACAAGUGGGUUGUACUUACUGCUAGACUUUUAUUUUACUUUAACUUAUUGUUCACUUUUGUGUAGUUUAAAUAUGCUUCACUUUAAGAAUACAAUAAAAGCAC